UAAACUUAUAUUUCGAGUUUCAUCAAAAUCAGAAGAAAAUUGUGACCGCUAGAGGGACCACAACCUUGAUAUACCAUAUUUUUACGCUAUUUGAGAACGAGGGACGGCCAUUUUGUCUGUCAGUUUUGGGCCGAUUUUCACGAAAUUCGAACUCAAUCAUCCUUAGUGUGUAGCGGUGAUAUACUAAAAUAGUUUUUUAAAUCGGAUAAAAAUUAUGACCUCUAUAGGGUCAACAAGCUGAAAACACGAUUUUUCGUACAAUCAGGGGCCUUAAUUCAGGAAUUAAGUUACAUCCGAUAUGCGCGAAUAUCGAAAGGGACCGAGAUCUUUGGGUUAUAAACUUACAUUUCAAGUUUCAACAAAAUCGUAUAAAAAAUGUGACCUCUAUAGAGUCCACAAGCUAGAAACGUGAUUUUUCGUACAGUCAGGGGCCAUAAUCCAUGAAGUUUCAGUCUGAUACGUGCCAAUAUCGAAAGUGACUGAUAUCUUUUGGAGAUAAACCUAUAUUAAAUAAUUUCAAGUUUCCUCAAAAUUAGAUAAGAAUUGUGACCUGUAGAGUGUCCGCAAACAAUUGUGGACGGACGUACAGGGGCGACGGCAAUAUACGUCCACAUGAAAAUGUGGGCUAUAAAAAUAAGUGGAAUAGAUAAACUUAUUUCUUUCAAAGCGUGUAUGCAGGGGUUGUGCAUAUCUUUUAUAGCUGUCAGGUGUGUUAUUUACAUAUUUUUAUUAAAAUGUCUCAUUAUCUCUUGCCUGUAACCUUGUAUCUGUUUUAAGAUAAGGGCCGCUUGUUUUUUAAAAAUAUUAGAGUACAUAAUGUAAACAGCAUAGAUAAGUAUUAGUUUUGUGCAAAAGAAACAGUUAAUUUUUGAGAGUUACAUAGAGAUUUGUUUAAUGCUGUACAAAGAUGAGCGAUACAAAUCUGACUGCUAUUGUUUAUAAAAAGGGAGAUCUAAGAUUGGAGGAAACAGAAAUAAAGGAACCGGGGAUUGGGCAGGUUCAACUUCGUAUGUGUAAUGUUGGAAUCUGUGGUUCAGAUGUUCAUUUUUGGACUCAGGGAGCUAUAGGAGACUUUGUUGUCAAGGCGCCAAUGAUAAUAGGACAUGAAGGAGCAGGUGUUGUUAAUAAAUUGGGACCUGGGGUAACCAACCUAAAUAUUGGUGACCGAGUUGCUAUUGAACCUGGUGUACCGUGUAAAUGUUGUAAGUUCUGUAAAAAAGGAAGAUACAAUUUAUGUCCACGUGUGAUAUUUUGUGCCACGCCACCAGAUCAUGGAAAUCUGUCACGGUUUUAUUGUCAUGAUGCUGACUUCUGCUACAAAUUACCUGAUCAUGUAAGUACUGAGGAAGGGGCGUUAUUGGAACCAUUAUCUGUAAGUGUCCAUGCUUGUACAAGAGCAGGUGUUACUUUAGGAUCUAGAGUAUUGGUUUGUGGAGCAGGGCCAAUUGGCUUAGUUGUUCUUUUAACAGCAAAAGCAAAGGGUGCAGCCGAAGUUAUUAUGACAGAUAUUGAUAAAUCAAGAUUAGAAUUUGCUAAAUCGUUAGGAGCUGACCAUACUGUACUAGUAACAAGUAGAGAUCCGGUAGAUACAGCUAAUAAAGUAGAGGCUAUAUUAGGGGAUAAAGCAGAUAUAGCUAUAGAAUGUAGUGGUGCUCCACCUAGCAUCAGAACAGCUAUAUUUGCAACUGCACCAGGUGGUUGUGUUAUGAUAGUUGGUCUUGGACCAGCAGAUGUUGAAUUACCUAUAGUCAAUGCUACUGUAAGAGAAGUUGAUAUUCGUGGUAAUUUUAGAUAUGCGAAUUGUUAUCCAGCUGCCUUGGAUAUGAUUGCGUCUGGAAAAGUGAAUGUUAAACCAUUGAUAACACAUCGAUUUAAACUGGAACAGUCUUUGGAAGCUUUUGAAAUGGCAAAACAGGGCAAAGGGAUAAAAAUUAUGAUCAACUGUGAAAAAUAAAGGGAAUGAUUAAAAUAGUG